AUGAGACGAGCGUCCCGGCAAUCCUUCCUGCCGCUUCUCGCGCGACGGCGCCUUUCCUUCCUGCUCAUCCUGCUUUUCUUGCUCUUUCUCCUCCAUGCGCUGCCGCCGGUGUUUUCCCAGCGCAGGAACCGGCGCGUUGUCGGUGGAAAGUGGCUACCCGACUAUGAUGUCAACGAACUCCCGCGAUACCUGCACCGCUCACCGUACCGAGAGAAGCCAGAUAUUGAGUUUGAGCAGAGGGUGAGAGAGGCGUUGAAGGGGAUUGAGGAGGAUGCACUGGCAGCUGCAGGAAUUGGAGACGAUCGUCUGGCCGAACAGCGCAUCUGGCAGAUUCGUUUGGGCGGCGGCAAUGACGAACACGUGGAGGACUCGUUGGCGUUCACCAAGAGGAACAGCGAGUGGGAGUACACUCUCAUGACUGAUCAUCAGGCGAACGAGUUCAUCGCAACGGUCCUCGCGUCGAUCCCCGAUCUCAAAGCCCUGUACGAUUCGUAUCCCUAUCACGUUAUGCGAUCCGAUUUGCUGCGGUACCUGGUGCUGUGGUACUACGGCGGAUACUACGCCGAUAUGGACGUCUACCCGGCGAAAGCUAUCAAGGAGUGCCCGGCUCUACAGCCCGUCUUCGGCGACUCGGGCAGCGCGAAUAUCUCUCUGGCCGUCGGGAUUGAGAUUGACGAGCCGCACGCAUCGCUGCAACUGAUGCGCGAUUGGCACUGGAUUCGAACUUACGGGCUGAUUCAGUAUACCUUCUUCGCCCCGCGACGAUUCAGCCCGCUGCUCCGUGAAGUAAUCAUCCGCGUUCUCUCACACACCCGCCAGCGCAACCAGCAGAGCUUCCCUUUCGUUGGGCCACGGUACGACGAGAAGGCGAUUCUUGAAGUCACCGGCCCCGGCGUCUUCACGGAUGCCAUUCUGGACGCUCUCUCGGACGCUCUCCCGACAACGCACCCGUUGCUCGCGGCGUCCGUCCGAGCAGACGAAGGGAUCGGCGACCUCUUCUCCCAAGCGUCCGGACAGCUCUCAAGACGUGUCACAUGGGCCCCCUUCCACAGGAUCAGCGAGCCCCUCUGUGUGGAUGCGCAAGAGGCGGCCGUGGGAAAGUCGAUGGGCGGAAUCUGCGUGCUGCCGGUGAAUGCGUGGGGGAAUGGGCAGCGGCAUAGUGGUGCGGGGGGCUUUUCUAGUCCGCUUGCUUGUGUCAAUCACCGGUUUGGGGGGUCAUGGAAGAAGGACUGGUGGUACCGGCAUUUUGGGUAG